GAUGCGUAUAGUUCUCUGAGUCUAGUGCAGUCACUUAAGACUCUGGCAGGAAUGGGCCAAACGAUUGUGUGCACCAUUCACCAACCACGGCCAGAUAUAUUCGAUAUGUUCGACAAUCUGUUACUUAUGAAGUCUGGGGAAGUAGGUUAUUUUGGCAGUGUACAGCAGAUGCCCGAUUACCUGUCUAAAAUGGGCGUGAUAAUCCCAAAAGGUGUCAAUUCUGCCGAUUUUGUCGUCGAUUUGACAUACGAUAAAGAAGCCGAAGAACCCAAAAGAGUCGAAGAAGAACCAGUCGGAGGGGCUUUGAAUCGGGUUCGUUAUUUUGAAAAUAUUCUUUGUCCCGACCGUGUGUUUGUAUUCAUGUUCAUUAUGGCGGUGCUCUCGUCUAUUGGAUCGUCGCUGGCGCUGUUGCUAGUGUGUGCUAUUCCUGAGGUGGAAGGGGCUGGUGCCAUACACUCUACUGUUGCUGGAAUGAUGGGAACAUUUGCCGGUUUCUUCAUCCCGCCGAAUGUGAUCCCCAGUUUCCUAAUAUGGCUAUACUACCUCUCCUUCUAUAAAUACUCGUUCGAGGCCCUUAACGAGAACCAAUACCAGAGCGACUCAGCAACAGUUGACGGAGCCACUGUCACUGUCAUUGGUGAUUAUAUCAAAGUCGAUGAAACACUCAACAGGUUCACCAACAUAGUUGUGCUAUGCUUUUACCCGUUGAUCUUCCAUGCCGUCGCGCUCUUUGCCUCAUGGGGUUUCACGCACAAGGCGCAGUUUAAAGCCCUUUUCUCAUUCGGCAGGAAGCCAUCGCUUGAAGCGCCGAUAUCGGAUGACGAGGUCAAGGUGCCCCAAAACCUUCAAGUACCCGCACCUAUUGUUGAGAAUAUGGACAGCUACGAAUCUAUAAAUAGACAGGGGUUGGGCUUAGCCCAUCAGGCGGAAGAAAUCGCAGGGCGCCAAACAGCGCUAGCGCCUGGUCUCAGUGCUGAAAAUCAGGACUUUGAGAUGAUCACAAAGUCACCUGAAUAUGAACCAAAAUCUUCAGUCGACAGCGGCACAUCCCCAACUGUGGGCCAAAAUAUGGGACCCAAUUAUAAUUUAGGGCCGGACAUGACCUUGGACGAUGAACGGAGCAUGUCGUCACCAGCACAGCCGCUGGGCUCCGAAGAGAUUACGAAGGAAUCAUAGCAGCGAUGGAGAAUACUUCUCACUCCACCAAAUAAAUAGUUUCAAUACAC